AUGGCGUAUCCACCUGGCCGCGGCCGGAUAUCGAAAGAAAUAGAUGAGUACAUGUUAAGAAUCUAUAAGACUGAUGGUAGUGCUCCAGAAUCUCAGCGCUUACCUAAAUUCUGGAACACGAAAGACCGAUCACGACAUUUAAGGCUCUCGCAUUUCGCACUCUCCAUAACUUACAGUGGAGGCUUCAGUGAACGUCAUGACUCAAACUAUACUAAUGGUGAGGCAGCUUGUGCAAGAGCCGAUGCCCCCAUUCCACUGACAGUCGGCAUCUACUACUUCGAAAUUACGAUAUCCAGUCGUGGUGGUAACGGCAGAUCUGUAGCUGUUGGUGUUGCUACGAAAGCGUCCAGUCUGGUCAGGCUUCCUGGUACUGAACAUAGUUCUUUUGCUUAUCACAGCGAUGGAUCAGUGUUCCAUGGAUCUCCUACAUUGUCCUCGAAGUUUGGUCCUCGGUUUGCUGAAAAUGAUACGGUGGGCUGCGGUGUGGAUUUUAUAUCACGUAGUCUGUUUUUCACACGAAAUGGGGUUUUCUUGGGCAAAGCUUUUGAAGGAGAAAUUCCGGCGAGUCCGGGCACACGUCUGUAUCCUGCUGUCGGUUUACAAGGCCAUGGAACACGUCUGAGCACGAAUUUUGGACAGCGCCCAUUCAGCUACGCUUUCGAGGCACACAUCAAACGGGAACGGGCUCUGCAUGAGAAACAGCUGAUUGAUCGCGUUUGUAAAGAGGAAUUUGCUGGACCGAAAAUGCGCGAGUACGCUUUGUUGAAUGUACGCGGUCUAUCAAAACACGGUUCUUGCGGGAACGCUACAGUCCCCAUUCCUCCUAAUCUAAAGAACUCAUGCUUUGUCGCAGAAUCACCCGGCACGGAACCAUCCACAGGUGGUGACAGUCCCGCUGGCACCCCAAGCCUCGUGCGACGUCACAGUGACAGUGCUUGUUUGACUCUGCCGUCUCAGUCUAACAAUAUGCUUCCCCUACCCGGACUAGCGAGCAUGUUACAUCGACGCCGUCUGCGUGCAUUGUGUCGUCGUUGUCAGUACGGCCGAGCGGCAGCCACUUUAAAUCGUCUCUAUCCGCAGGUUUUGGAACGAUGUCCGGAAUUGUUGGUCCAAUUACGCUGUCGUCAGCUGAUUGAAAUGAUGCGUCGUCACGCAGUGCGCCGCGACCGAAAUGCUGCUUUUGAUCCGGCUUCGGAGUCUAGUUCAACUAAUUCCGCCACAGCCCCACCAAAAGUACAGAAGACUUCCGGAGCUCAGAACGUUCGUUCUGGGUGUUAUUUGAACCACUCGAAGCUUCCACAAACUACGUCCUCGCCCCGUUCCCCGCAUCACAUAAGUGCCGUCGAAUCACCACGACAACAAACUUCUUCCGCACCUGCCGCCACCUCCCUACCAUCCGUAUCAAAUACAUCCUCUAUGGAUAUUGACGAGGAUGAUGAGCGUGUUGGGUCUAUCCCCCUCGGAAAUACAGCGACAAGCAGUCCACUAACUACCACUACCAAACGUCGUUCUGAAGCGGAGUUGGAUGAGGCUACACCAGAUACGGAUGAGAUGCGAUGUCUGCUGCGUCAUGUCCAAUUCGGUCGUUCCCUUGUUAAUUUGGUGAAACAAGUCCGAGCCAAAGUUGGCGGGCUGUCUUUGGAAACGGAGCGCCUGUUACAGGACAGUAAAGCCAUCACUAAUAUUUUAUGGGCAAUUGAAUGA